AUGGCUGAUAAUCUAGAGGAAACCAUUGGAAAGAUAAACGACGGACCAGAAGACAUGCAAAUGGAAAGAGGUGAGUUAAUUUGAUAUUUGGAGAGGGGGGAGGGUGUUUCUCGUGGUGUAACUUGAAAAAACUCGAAAAAAUUUGGAAGUGUUAUGGUUUUUUUUAGUUUCCCAACUUCUUUUUUUAGAUUUGUGAUUCUGAAAGCAUUAAAUUUCAGUACUGCUCAUUUCCAUCUAGUUUUUUUUCGAUCAUUUCCAUCUAGUUAAAAUGAAUGCAUACUUGCUGUCACUUUGUUUAUAUGCUCGGAAUCUUUUUUGAAAAUACAAUAUUUCAGCAAAAUAAUUCAAAUUUGUAGUAAUUUGAAAAAGGAAGACAGAUUUUCGGAUUGUAAAUUCAACCACGUCUCCAUAAAAAUUUCAAACAAACGAUGCUAAAAUUGAGUUUUCUUUCCUGAAAAUUAUACGAAGAUUCAUAAUUUUUCACCCCUCAAUUUUCCAGUCAACAAUCGCUCAGAUGCUCCACCAAGCUACAACUCAAACGUUGUUCAAAGCUUGGAAAACAACAAUCCUUUCAUGUUUAUACCAAUGGAAGUUGACCCAGAGACUGGAUUAUUAUUGAAAGACUUGGUUACACCACAAGAGAAAGGUGAGUAUUACGAAAAAAAACAGGAAUCUUCUUAACUCACUUUAUUUUCAGUAACUCUUCUCUCGGACGAAAAACUUCCAAUAUUUUUCAAAAAUGAAGCUUCACAAAAAAUCGGAAUCGUUCAAGGUGAAUAAAUGUUUUUAAAUGGGAUGAAAGACAUACUGAAAAUAAUUUGAUUUUCAGAAAACUCGAAAAAUGAAACCAAAUUCAGUUGCAACCAAUACUUGCACAACGCAUUUGUUUCAAUCGUUGAUUUUGUUUGCGAUUUCUGGUUUUUUGUCAUGUUCGCAUUUGCAAUUUAUAUUGGACUCAAAUACUAUUUUUUCGCAAAAAAUGGUUACAAACAUUGA